AUGGCAAAUCACACCAGCGUCCUGAGAUGCAUCCUGCUGAUGCUAUUGGCCAUCGCUCUGGCCUCGGCUUUGAGAACAUUGGACACGACCGAAGAGCUAGAGAAGACCAACUUCGGGACCCCGCCCCCUCGCCAUGGCCUCAAAUUACUCCUCUGGUACGUCCAGACCUGCAUCGACAACAACAUGGUGUCCCUCUGUGACCCAAGGGAGGGAGAAUACGGGUUCCAUAUGUUCAAGAACUAUAAACUGUUACUCCCCAAACUGAAAGACCAGAACCUGUACACCUACUACACCAUCGGUAACCUCCAUUCCCACGGUGCAGAGAACCUGCCCUAUGAAGUGAGGCAGUACUACGACAAGGACAAUCUCCUCAGCAACCAGGACAGGGUGCUGGUGAAGUACAACCAGAACAACAAUCACAUUGAGAAGAUCUACAUCUCAGAGCACUACAAGCAACGCAAGACGUACAUGAUCGGGCCCAAUCUUCUCUCCUCUCUCAGACUGCCCAGUUGGCUUGCAUUGAUAUGA